CUUCAACAGCUUCGUCAAACAUCAACAGUGCUUCACAAACCUCCACUUCUUCAAUUGACGUUCUCUAUUAUUUCCCUUUGUUUCCGGAUCUUUUCCAACGGUUACGAACACAGCUCCGACUCCUCAACAAUGGCGGAACUCAACCUCCAAGAAAUCCACGACUUCAUGAUCUCGGUCGCGAAGAAGGCGGGCGAGAUGAUCACCUCUGCGCGACCCACGACGGAAGCUGCGGGGAACAAGAAGAACUCCGUCGACCUCGUCACCGAAACCGACCGCGCCGUCGAAGUCUUCGUCUCGACGACCCUGCGCGAGAAGUACCCAGACUUCCAAUUCAUCGGCGAGGAAACAUACACGCCCUCGACCCCCCUCACCCCCCACCCCACCUUCAUCGUUGACCCCAUAGACGGCACGACAAACUUCGUCCACACCUACCCGUAUGUCAGCAUCUCGCUCGGCCUCCUCCACAACCUCGUCCCGACCAUCGGCGUCGUCUACAACCCCUUCACGGACACACUCUACACGGCCAUCCGAGGCCGCGGUGCCUUCCUCAACCAAUCCGCGCGCCUACCGCUGCGGACUCCCGAACCCAUGCGCGGAUUGAGCGAGUGCCUCGUGGCGGUCGAGUGGGGCAGCGAUAGGAGCGGCAACGAUUUCGCAGUCAAGUCGAGGACGUUUGCGAGGUUGGCGGCGACCAAAGAAGAGGGCGGCGCCAUGGUGCAUGGGCUGCGCAGUUUCGGGUCCGCGGCGCUGAAUCUGUGCGGUGUGGCCAGUGGGGCGCUCGAUGUGUAUUGGGAGGCUGGGUGCUGGGCGUGGGAUGUUUGUGCUGGGUGGGUGAUCCUCGAGGAGGCUGGGGGGAUCAUGGUGGAUGCGAAUCCCGGGAACUGGGAGCCCAAGGUGGAUGGGAGGAGGUAUUUGGCCGUGAGGGGUGGGGUGGGGCAGCGGGAGAUUGUGGAGGAGUUUUGGGCGUGCGUAGAGGGUGCUUUUGAGGUGGGUAAUUGAGAUGGUAGAGAGGAGGAGGGUUGGGGCCCAAGUAUGGGUUUAGGAGAUGCAUUGCAAAUGGCAUAUAGAAGC